CUUGAUAUCGCCUUCAAAUAUCGGGUGCCCAUCUCAGUGCCGCCCAGGUGCUUUCUACGCGUGCACCGAACUCAGAAAGGGGGUUUCAUCGCCCACAAUGCCCGUCAUCGACGUGCAUACCCAUAUAUACCCCCCGACCUACGUCGACUUGCUCCGAUCUCGCACGACCGUCCCCUAUGUGCGCACCUUCCCCGACGUGCCUGAUUCUUCACGUCUCAUCAUUCUCCCGGGCGAAGAUGACCCUUCGGCGCUGUCUACGUCGAGAGGCCGGCCAAUUGGCCCCGAAUAUUUCGACAUUGCGCAGAAGAUUGCCUUCAUGGACGCGCACAAGAUAGACGUAUCCGUCAUAUCUUUAGCGAAUCCCUGGCUUGAUUUCCUGCCAGCCAACGAGGCAGGUGACACCGCGAGAAAGAUCAAUGAUGACGUGGAUGGACUGUGCGCAAGGUAUCCAGGACGGCUCUACGCGUUUGGAACACUGCCACUCUCUGCGCCUGUGGAAACGGUAGUCAAAGAGAUCGAGAGGCUAGCGGGAUUGAAACAUAUACGUGGAGUCAUUAUGGGUACGUCUGGGUUAGGCAACGGUUUAGAUGAUCCAGCUUUAGACCCCAUUUAUGCAGCACUCGAGAAGCACGAGCAGCUCAUCUUUCUGCAUCCGCACUACGGACUACCGUCUUCAGUAUACGGUCCGAGAGCAAAUGAAUACGGCCAUGUGCUCCCCCUUGCAUUGGGGUUUCCAUUGGAGACAACAAUUGCCGUAACAAGAAUGCUCCUUAGCCAGGUGUGGGAUCGUUUCACGAAGUUAAAUGUCUUGCUCGCUCAUUCUGGGGGCACCUUACCUUUCCUUGCUGGGAGAAUAGAAAGCUGCAUCAAUCACGAUGGCCACCUAAAGAAAGCGGGGAAUACAGAAGGGAGGAGGGAUAUUUGGGAUAUUCUCAAAACAAACAUUUACCUAGACGCGGUCAUCUACUCCAAUGUUGGACUGAAAGCAGCAAUAGAUGCGUCAGGGGCGGACAGGUUGCUCUUUGGCACAGAUCACCCCUUCUUUCCGCCGCUGGAGGAACACGUCGGAGAAUGGCAUAGCGUGAGUGCGAACUACAGCGCUAUCUCAUCUGCCUUCAAGGGUAAUGAGGAACCGGCAAAGGAUGUUCUGGGUAACAAUGCUAUCAGGAUACUGAAACUACACCCUUAG